UGCUCCACCAACAGCUGUGUAAGUGAGACUGCACAGCGGAGCGCAGGCUGGAGGAGGGGAAUGGGUCGGAGGGAGACAGCGGUGAAUUCAGUCGAGCCUACAGCCGAGGUCACUCCACUGUAGGUAGCCAGAGAAUAAGAAGAGCUAACUUUCCGGCGAUGUCUUCACAAGAGCUACCAGGCUCCUUUGGAGUCCUGUUCCCAAAGUUUUCUCUGCCCAUGAAAGCAGAGCGUAGUCGGAAUAAGGAGCGGCUGGAGGCCAGCCUGGCCGGCUUGUGUGAGCUGGAGCUGCUCAAACAGAGGCAGGAAUGCAGGGUGCUGAGCGCUCUCUGCCUCGGGGACUCACCAGUUUCCGGGCGUCCGCCUUGGGGAGCUCUGCGGUCGGAACUGUGCACCCUGGACACACCAAACGGCAGUGCGUCAGACGACUAUGGCCUCAGGCCCCAAAUUAACAGUUGGUGUAUGCCCUGGGGUAUAAAUACAUCUUUAGAACAGCAAGUGGCAGAGCUGAAAGUGAACACUGAGGACAAAUCAGAACUUUCUCCUACUGAUCUGGAGGACAACCGACUCAGUUCAGGAGAAGUCCUUGUAGCCAAGCAAAAUAUCUCUCCUGAUUUAAAUGACCUCCCUGAGGCGACUUGUUCCCUCUCAGCCACUGCAUGCACAGGAAAAACAGAUACAAGAGAAAUGUGGCUUUUAGACCCAACGAGACAGGUUACUGACCCUUUGGGGAAGAAGAGGGAUGUUGACUCCAGUCAGGAAGAUUACCAACAAACACAAAAGGUAGAGACUUAUAUAUUUGGAUUGAUCCAACGCCGAGUCCUACCCACACGUUCCUCAAAGCCCCGCACCAGCCUGGCAUAUGAUGCUCGAGCUAUCAAUGUAGUGAGGCAGAGCAGUUUAUGCCACAAGGAGGGACAAUAUUCACCAAAGCAAGUGAUUGUUCAAGAGAUCUCUACUCCAUCCCAGUAUUCAGAGGGAAGUGCUCCACAGGCUUGCCAUAACCUUGAUCAGGGGCAUUACCUAGUCGCAGGGUUUACUGAAGAUGCACCACCCCCGUACCACCUACAUCUCCAGGAAAGUGUCCAGCACCAACCAGGGCUUUAUCACAGACCCAAGCAGGUGUCCCUGAUUAACACUUCCCGCUCAACCUUCCUGGACUAUGCAUCUUGCAGUGUGCUGAAAGAGCACCCAGACUCCUGCAAUAGUGAGCUUGAUUCACCCCAACAUUUUCACAACUACCUUUCCAACCUAGCUCUGCCAAAGCCUCACCAACUUCCUUCACUUGAUGAGCAGCUGGUAAAAGCAGAGUAUAUUCCAGCCCAGCCCUGCCAAGCCUCCACCAGAGCUUACGCUCAUCACCACUCCAACCCCCAUAAGGCCUCUGAGUUGCCCAAACCCAACCGAAGCACAUAUUCUCCAGAAAGAGUCCAUCAUCAUCAAGAGCAGCAGACCCCAGUUUCUCAGAUCCAACCCUCCAGAUCCCGAGGGGGCCCAAAGAAGUGUCGCUCGAAUGAAGAUAGAAGUGGGGCCAAUAGGAAGCUGGGGAAGAAGGCCUGUAGGUCUCAGUCAGAGAACAGCCUACAAAGGGUUCCAGAGCGCAAGUACAAUACCGUAGAGAGAGAUGGUGGAGGAAGUGGAAGCGGUGGAAGGGGAAGUCGCAGUAAUCAUUCCAAGAGCAAGAAACAACAGCAAGGAGGUGGUAGCUAUCGGCGCUGGCAGUCAACUCUGGAGCUCAGUCAAGAUGAGGCUGACCAGCCACCCACUCAAGCACCCAUGCAAGGCUCCUCAGCUUUAAACCAAAGGGACCAUUAUGGAAGGCGUACACGCAAAUCUCGCCCUGUGCAUGCAUCAUAUGUAAACCCACAUCACCACCACUCCCACCAUUAUCAACACUUUGAGUACCAGCUAGAGAGGGACCAAGUGCCACUGUGUCAGCCUGGUGAGGACUACACUCACCCAGGUCAGGGCGAGUCUGAGUCCAGCAUGAGUGAGGCUGAAUCUCCAGAUUCCAGCUCUUUGUCCAGUGACUCAGAUGAGAGUGGUGGCCUGGUUUGGCCCCAACAACUGCCCCCUCAACUUUCCCUCCCAUCACCUCCUGCCCCACCUGGAGCACCUCUGCAGCCCAAGGCUUUUGUCAAGAUUAAGGCCUCGCAUGCCCUUAAGAAGAAGAUCCUGCGCUUCCGCACAGGUUCACUGAAAGUAAUGACCACCGUAUAAAUUGUAACUAAACUAAAAGAACAUCAGAAGCAGAGCUUUGGACUAUGUAGAAGGAUGGACCACAAAACUACAGUGAAUAUAAAAAAAUCAAUGUGUGUAUGAAAGUACUAUGAUCUUGGCCUACUGUUUUGAUUGGAUGGUUUUAGAUCAGCGUUAACAAGCGAAGAAGGAAUUGUUUUUUUGUUUAAAAAAUGGGUUUGAUUUUCCUAAAAGCCUUAAAUGGAUGAGUCAUGCAUCAAAGGGUACUCUAAUUUGGCCACAUUGGCCCCUAGAUAGCCCACUGAUAUCAUCUUACAUUGUCUUUGAAGUCACAGUGAAGUGUAUUUCAUGAUUUUAAUUUCCGGCCAAACACACAAUAAUCCUCAAUAUACCCAUUAAGCCUAAUGCAAGAACAAUUUUGAAUUCUUAUUCUAAACCUGUCUUACUUUUUUGUGUCUUCUAACUAGACAUAAGUGUAGUUUAAAGUCAGAUUCACCAAACUGUCUUAACUGCACAAAUCAUUUGUUUCAACCUGAUGAUUGCCACCUGUUCAUAAGUAGCUGUGCAUUUGUGCAAUUUGAUUAUUAUUGAUUAUUAUUAUUCCCAACACUUGGCUAUAUACAGAUACCUGUAAAAACUAUGUUUUGGUUGCCAGGUUGUCAGCCUCUAUUUAAAAGAAGGACCGUUUGUCUGCAGGCUUUCCUGGAGCCAUAGUGGUUGCUCUCCUGUUUCAAGCAAAUUCAGUACCAAAAAGCUAUGCACAACUAUAAGUUGUGAAAGAGUGGCUUUUUAGUACAGUGCAAGUAUUGUAAGACAUUGUAUCUGGAAUUUGUGGUUGAAAUAGUAAAUCUCAUAAGAGAAAGAACUGACUUUUAGCUGAAAAGAAGUAAAUCUUUAUCUAAGAUAUUACUGUCGCAGCAGACACAAACCAGUGAGAUACUGCAGUAGCAAUAUUUAAACAGUCUUUCUAAAAGGUUUUGUUGGGAUCAAAUUUCUCGCUCACAGAGCAACAAAGUUCUCUUGAAGGACAUUGUUUAAAAUAUUAAGUAGCAAAUUACAGUUUCUACUGUUUUAAUGUUAAUAGCAGGGUACUUGCAGACUUAUACAAAUUUGCCUGCCCAAAGAAUGUAUUAAUGUUACAAUUUCACUUUGAGUAUUUGACAGUAUUAUCAUUUAAAGUGCACUAGCCAACUCACUAUUAGCUUUUUUGUAUGAAUUUUUUUUACAUGAAUUGUUUGAUAAAAUGCAGUCUAUGAAAUUAAAGUGUUGGUUUUAAAAAUA